UUUUUAAAUUAAUAAUUUUUUUUUUUUUUUAAUUCCAUUCAAUACAGAAUUGCUGCAGAGUGACCAUGGCUGGGUACAAGCUCGAAGUGACAACAGGUGACAUGACAAAUGCAGGAACAUUUGACCACAUAUAUGUCACCCUAAUUGGAACCGGAGGGAGGAGUGAGCGAACUGAGUUGGACAACUUUGGUGUAGAUUUUAACACUGGGAUGACAUCAAUCUACACUGUGAAAACCUGUUCGUCCCUGGGGAAACUUCUGCUGGUCAACGUGGAGAAAGAUCCCUAUUUCUGUCUCCCAGAGAAUCAGUGGUACUGCUCUAAAAUAGUGGUGACAACUCCAGAGGGAGAUGUCAUUCUCUUCCCCUGUUACAGAUGGAUCUCCAGGGGAGAACUGGUGGAGCUGAGAGGAGGGAGAGCCAUGAAGGUUUUUGAGGAUGACCACCCCCUGUUGAUUGACCACCGGAAAAAAGAGUUAACAAUUAAAAAGACCUUGUACCAAUGGGAGAUUACUGAUGAAAGGCUACUACACAACAGUAAUUUCAAAAAUAUAUCUGAGCUCCCAGCUGAAGACUGCUUCUCUCUGUCCAAAACAAUUGAACUAGGUUACCAAAAACAAAUAACUGAUGCUGAACUCAUGUUUAAAGGUUUAACUGGAUCUACUGAACAAUGGGAAAGCAUUGAAGACAUCAAAAAAAUCUUCUGGUUCAAAACGACAAAGAUGUCUGAGUAUGUUACAGAGCACUGGAAGGAAGACGACUUUUAUGGAUACCAGUUUCUGAACGGAAUCAACCCCAAUGUGAUCAAGAAAUGCUCAGAGCUUCCCCCAAACUUUCCAGUCACAGAAGAGAUGGUGAAGCCGUUUCUGGACAAGGGUAGCUCUCUGCAGAAGGAAAUGGAAAACGGCAAUAUAUUCCUCUGUGACCUCAAGAGGAUGGACGGAUUACCCACAAGGGUGUGUGAUGGUGAACCUCUGCAUAUAACCGCCGGUCUCUGUUUGUUCUACAUGAACCCAGAGAACAAACUGAUGCCAAUUGCAAUACAGCUGAAUCAACAACCCUCUGAGCAGAAUCCCAUCUUUCUACCCAGUGACACAGAGACAGACUGGCUGCUAGCCAAGAUGUUUAUCAAAAAUGCAGAUUCCAUGCUACAUCAGUCAGUCUAUCACCUCAUGAACACUCACUAUCUGGCAGAGGUCUUUACUGUUGCCACUCUCCGAAGCUUCCCUGUGGUUCAUCCCCUCUACAAGCUGCUUAUCCCUCACUUCCGUUACACUCUCCAAAUAAAUAUCAUGGCCCGCGACAGUAUUUUUGGGCCUGAUGGGAUUUUAAGUACAAGUUCACUUGGAUAUGAGGGGCUGACAGAGCUCAUGAGAAGGGCUCUCUCUGAAACCACCUACAGCUCCCUCUGUCUGCCAGAGAACAUCACUGCACGAGGACUGAUGUCAAUCCCCAACUUCUACUACAGAGAUGAUGGACUGAAGCUGUGGAACAUCAUCAACAGGUUUGUGAAGGCAACAGUGGGGUACUAUUAUCCCUCAGACAAAGAGGUCCGUAAAGACACUGAGCUGCAGGAAUGGAUCAGUGAGAUAUUCACCCAUGGCUUCUUAGGAAACAAAGCUUCAGGUUGUCCUGCAGGCUUUUAUACUGUCGAGGAAGUGAUCAAGUUCAUCACCAUGGUGAUCUUCACUGUAUCAGCACAGCAUGCUGCAGUAAACAGUGGACAGUUUGACUACCAGUCGUGGGUGCCCAAUGGCUCACUCCUGCUGUGCAAACCUCCUCCAAACACUAAGGGGCAGUCAAGCAUGAAGACAAUUUUGGAGACCCUCCCAAAUGUUGGACACACGGUCAACAUUGCAGCAAUGUUGUGGGUGCUUUCAGAAAUGUACACUGACGUGGUUCCCUUGGGUACAUACCCUGAAGAACAGUUCAAUGAGCCUGUGCCAAAGCAGAUGAUUAACAGAUUUCAAGCAGAGUUGUCCCACCUCAAAGGAGUAAUCAUAACAAGGAACUCACAGCUUGAAGUACCCUACAAAUAUCUGAACCCUACUCAGAUAGAGAACAGUAUAACUAUAUAACUAACCCUGAAGAAGCCAACAAUAUCCAUCCCUUUCUAAUUGCAUGCUGUGGUGUGUGUUAAACUUUGAAUUUGGUGCAUACAAUAUAAUACAAUAAGUGAGGGGGUAGAGACAGUUAGUGGGUUGUUUUAUGUUGGUUGAGGAAGAAUAUAUUUUGGUUCCUGUAAUGUGGGCCAAUGGAUAAGUACCUGUAUCUUUGUUUGAAUUAUGUAUUACAUAGACCUAUGUUGAGAAACACAUUAACUUAAAUGAGCAGUUUGGGUAACAAAUACUUAAGCUUGGACACAUGAUCUUUAUCAAUUGGACCAUAGUCCAAAACAGCAAACAUCUGCUGAUAAGUGGUGAUAUAAUGCGCUGAAAUGUAACUGCUUGCUACUCUUUAUGAUAAAAACACAUCUUACAUUAAACUAGGUCCCACUUCCCAGGGUUGCUAGAAGCUGUGACAUUAACUGAUAUUUUAAAAAUGUAUGCCUUACAUGUAAUCAAUGUCUUUAACCUUUUAAUGAAUUAAUGCAUACAGAAAAUAGAGUGUGCAUUAUGAUGUAUGAUUUUUUAUGUGCUUGUGCAAGGGUAAGCUUCACCAGUAUGAACUUGUAUGGAGUACUAUUCAUUUGCUUUGUUUGCAGUUCAAAUUAAAAUGGCAUGUGAAU